CCCAGCCGUUCUUAGAUCUGUGCCAAAGGUCGCACAGGUUUGGGAGGGGAAACCUCACAUCUCUGCGGCGUUAGGACCUUGAACCUUCUCCACCGCACAGAGGGCGUGUGCCGGCGAGAGGCAGAGGACAUAUAGGCUGACAUUGGAGAAGGAACUGCCGAGGGAUCAUGUCUGUGUUGGCUCUGCAAGAAUACGAAUUCGAGAGACAGUUCAACGAGGACGAAGCCAUUCGAUGGAUGCAAGAAAACUGGAAGAAGUCCUUUCUGUUCUCUGCACUCUACGCAGCCUGCAUACUCGGCGGGCGCCAUGUCAUGAAGCAGAGGGAGAAGUUUGAGCUAAGAAAGCCACUGGUGCUGUGGUCGCUAACGCUCGCCGUCUUCAGUAUCUUUGGAGCCAUCCGGACCGGGAGCUACAUGAUGUACAUCCUGAUGACGAAGGGCCUCAAGCAGUCCGUGUGCGAUCAGAGUUUCUACAACGGACCCGUCAGCAAGUUCUGGGCUUACGCCUUUGUGCUGAGCAAAGCGCCGGAGCUCGGAGACACUUUGUUCAUCGUCCUCCGCAAGCAGAAGCUGAUCUUUCUGCACUGGUACCACCACAUCACUGUGCUGCUCUACUCCUGGUACUCCUACAAGGACAUGGUGGCAGGCGGAGGCUGGUUCAUGACCAUGAACUACCUGGUGCACGCCGUCAUGUACUCCUACUAUGCGCUCAAGGCCGCGGGCUUCAGGCUGUCCCGUAACUUCGCCAUGUUCAUCACGAUCACGCAGAUCACGCAGAUGGUGAUGGGCUGCGUGGUCAACUACCUGGUGUACUCGUGGAUGCAACAGGGCCAGGAAUGCCCCUCCCACAUGCAGAACAUCGUGUGGUCUUCGCUAAUGUACCUCAGCUACUUCAUUCUCUUCUGCCAGUUCUUCUUCGAGGCCUACAUCCACAAGACCAGAUCCCAGCAUUGCAAGAAGAGCCAGUAAAAACGUACCAAACGAUAGAUUGACGUGAGCACGAGAUUGGGACAUGAAGCAGGACUCAUUGGUGAGGAUUUGGGAUGGCUGGAUGAGUCUUGGUUGGGAGGGCUUGCAGGCUUGGAGGGGAAAGAAAGGUUGGAAGGGUUGCUAUCUAAGCUUGUGCAUACUGUACUACUAACGCAUAGAGGGAAACCUCCCCUUCCAGUAGGAGGGGCUCUACUGAUCUGCACUGAUGAAUUAUUACUAUGGUAACUGAAAAAAGUGUCUUUAUGUAAUGUUUGUGCCCAAUGUUAUUCUCUGUAUUUUAAAAACAAUAGUUUAAAGAGGGAGAAGAAUUUAAUAAAUAAGACUAAGGGAGUGUGAAUUGAAUGAAAGGGAUACUCUAGGUAAAAGGAAACAUGAUAUGGCGCAAAACUGAAUCUACAGUUGUGGUUACGUCUACAAUGUUUGUCUUUGAAGUCGAUUAAUGUUAUUGUUCCGUUUUAAUUUUUUUUAUUGAUUAGUUGCUAGUUCGAAAGGUAGUUUUGUAUGAAAGCCACGUUGACGGGCAUCUGGUUAACGUUACGUAGAAAAUGUCACAGUAUGUUUUCAUGUGCAGCAUCGGACCACAGAAUUGUCUCAGGUCUCGGAGUUUUCCAUUUAAUGUGCACGUCAUUUAAGAAAUUAGUCACAAAAGACAAGCUAGUAAGUUAACGUAGCUAGAAAUUUCAGUGUUACUGCACAUAAUCAAAACAAAUGAAAGAGACAUUGACAGGCCACUUGGGCCUGAGCGAUUGGCCAACCGUCCAAUCGUAAUCACUCGAUCUUCAUGAGCCGAGGCGUUAACAUCAGUAAUGCCCUCUAGUGGGCAUGGCCUACUUCCUGUGGCUAGAGGUCAUUGUCCGUUAUCAUUUAUUCCAAAGAAUAGUGCUGAAGAGGCUGUGACCAAACCAGCCCCGUAUGAAGGACCUUGGAGUAUAUUAGAACAUGCAAUGUGUCUACAUUCACUGUGCACAACCUGUCAAUGAAUGGUGUCCAUUGUGCUGUUGUGCAUUUGCACUGUAUGUAAAGCAUCUGUAGAUGAUCUUAACAAAGAACCAACUGCGCUAAA